AUGAGCUUUGAGAUAACCUUCUUAGGGGCAUCAGGUGGUCCUGUAGAAGGCAUUACAUGCUCAAUGUUGUUGAAGUCUAGCGAUGUAUCUUACAAUGAAAUUUUAUCGAAUAAUUUACCCAAUGAAUUGAUAUGCGUGGAUGCUGGUUCUGGUAUUGGACUGCUAAGUGAAUUGAUAUAUAAUGAACUACACAAUAUUUCACCGCAAUCCAAACAGCUGCGAAUGUAUAAUGACAUGCUUUCGUUGGAACAAUGCUUCAAGACUAAGAUUACAAGGCCGUUUGCAGGGUUGUCUGCAUCGGUAUCACCAUAUGAACAGUCCCAAGAAAUAUUCAAGUUGAUGAACAAUUACUUGAUAUCCCACGCUCAUAUGGACCAUAUAGCUGCAUUAGUGAUAAACUCUGCUGGGUUCUGCAAGGAGUCACCUAAAAAUGUAUAUGGCUCUAGGGGGACUAUCGAUACUUUACAAAGACAUGUUUUCAAUGGAUUAGUUUGGCCAAACAUGUCUAAAUUCAACAUGGUUAAAUUAUCAUCACACGAAUACUGGCAGACAUUUUCUAUAAACGAUACCUAUUCGGUUACUAUAUUUGAUCUAUCACAUGGAAAAAUGGUGCCUCAUGAUGAGAAUACUUCCCAGAGACCAGAGUCGCCAAAUUACUCACGUCACACUUAUGAUGACAACUUUGAAAAUUAUAACAACUACAUAUCGUCUGCAUUUUUAGUAACACAUGAAUUAUCUAAUUCGAGUGUAUUAAUAUUUGGAGACUUUGAAGCUGAUACAGUUUCGAAAUUGGGUAAAAAUAAACGAAUCUGGUGCAAAAUUGCACCCAUGCUAUUACACCCUGAGAAACAAUUGAAGGGGAUUAUUUUAGAGUGUUCGACAUGCCAAAUAGUAUCAACGAAUGAAUUAUAUGGCCAUAUAAUGCCUACGCAUUUGAUUAAUGAAUUAAGAGUUUUGAAUGAUGAAAUCCUUGCAUUGAUUCCAUCUUCUAACAGACAUAAUAUGGCUCCCUUAGCUGGAUUUAAUGUAGUGAUAAAUCAUGUCAAGGAAGCUCCUAAUCUGUCUGAUCCAAGGCGAGAAAUACUUAGCGAGCUUGAAAUUCUUAAUCAUAAAUAUGAAUUAGGUAUUCAUUUUUCUGUUGCCCUUAAUGGCGCAUCCAUUGUACUUUAG